UGUCGUCGGUUUCUACAUUCGGUGAAUUCAUUCGUCAAUUGGUCGUACAUCGGUUCAGUUCAGAAUCCAUUUUUUUUCCUACACAAUUUACAUUCUGGAAGAAUUGCUUUAAAAAAACUCUAAUAAAUCUUUGCUGUUAUUAGAGUUUCGAAACAAACUUCCUGUUUAAAUUCUUGAUAUUCUUACAUUUUUACACAACAAAAAAAAAAUCAAUAUUCAUAUCUUUUCUUUGUUCUCAUUUGUGUCUAAUUUUUGUUUGUUUGUUUGUUCGCAAGUCUUUCAAAAUACCCACUGGUAUUCAAAUAUAUUCUAUUCAUUCAAUUGAAUUUCCGUUUCCGAAACAAAAAAAAACUAAACAAAAUGCGUGAAUGUUUGUCAAUUCAUCUUGGUCAAGCUGGUGUCCAAAUGGGCAACGCUUGUUGGGAAUUGUAUUGUCUUGAACAUGGUAUUCAGCCUGAUGGUCAAAUGCCAUCAGAUAAAACAGUUGGCUGUGGUGAUGAUUCAUUCAAUACGUUUUUCAGUGAAACUGGUUCGGGUAAACAUGUUCCACGUGCUGUUUUUGUUGAUUUAGAACCAACCGUUGUUGAUGAAGUUCGUACUGGUACCUAUCGUCAAUUAUUUCAUCCAGAACAAUUGAUUACCGGUAAAGAAGAUGCUGCUAAUAAUUAUGCUCGUGGUCAUUACACAAUUGGCAAAGAGAUUGUCGAUCUUGUCAUGGAUCGUAUCCGAAAAUUGGCUGAUAAAUGUUCUGGUUUGCAAGGAUUUUUGAUCUUCCAUUCAUUCGGUGGUGGUACUGGUUCUGGAUUUACUUCACUUCUAAUGGAACGCCUUUCGGUUGAUUAUGGCAAAAAAUCCAAACUUGAAUUCAGUAUUUAUCCAGCACCACAGGUCUCCACUGCUGUGGUCGAGCCAUACAAUUCUGUCCUGACCACUCAUACUACUUUGGAACAUUCGGAUUGUGCUUUUAUGGUUGACAAUGAAGCUAUUUACGAUAUUUGCCGAAGAAAUUUGGACAUUGAACGACCAACAUAUACCAAUUUGAAUCGACUUAUUGGCCAGAUUGUUUCAUCGAUUACGGCUUCACUUCGUUUUGAUGGUGCUUUGAAUGUUGAUUUGACUGAAUUUCAGACCAAUCUUGUGCCUUAUCCACGUAUUCACUUUCCAUUGGCUACUUAUGCUCCAGUGAUCUCCACCGAAAAGGCCUAUCAUGAACAAUUGACUGUUGGCGAAAUUACCAAUGCUUGUUUUGAACCACAGAAUCAGAUGGUCAAAUGCGAUCCACGUCAUGGCAAAUAUAUGGCCGUUUGUUUGUUGUAUCGUGGUGAUGUGGUACCGAAAGAUGUUAAUGCAGCUAUUGCAUCAAUCAAAACUAAACGAUCGAUUCAAUUUGUCGAUUGGUGUCCAACUGGUUUCAAAGUUGGUAUCAACUAUCAACCACCGACAGUUGUACCUGGUGGCGAUUUGGCUAAAGUACAACGCGCUGUUUGUAUGUUGUCCAAUACAACAGCCAUUGCUGAAGCUUGGGCACGAUUAGAUCAUAAAUUUGAUUUAAUGUAUGCUAAACGUGCUUUUGUUCAUUGGUAUGUUGGCGAAGGUAUGGAAGAAGGUGAAUUCUCUGAAGCUCGUGAAGAUUUGGCUGCAUUGGAAAAAGAUUAUGAAGAAGUGGCUAUCGAAUCUACUGAUGCCGAUGCUGAUGCUGGCGAUGAAUAUUAAAUUCAUUUAUUUUUUCAAUGAUUUAUGAUUAAAAAUUUAUUGCUUAUUCCAAA